AUGAGUGCAAAACGCAUUCAAAGUGUUAAAAGUGGGCCUGUGUUUAAGAGGCAACAUAAGGAUGUAAAAUUAGAAGUGAAAUUAGAUGUUAUAAAGCGUAGUGAAAGAGGUGAGCUUGCAGCCGACAUUGCUCGUAUUCUUGGUUUGCCUGCUUCGACUGUACGCUCAAUUUUUAAGAGUGUUGAUCAAAUUCGUGAAAGCACUAGAAGUACUACAAAAUGGCCAUCAAUGAAGAUAACGAAACAGAAAAGCAGUACAAUGGAGAAGAUAGAAUGUUUGCUGGCUGAUUGGAUUGAUGACUUCUAUGAAAAGAAAACGCCUGUGAUUCAGGCGAAGGCCACAAGCCUAUAUAAUGAUUUAAAGGAAAGAGAGGGAGAGAGCUCAACAGCAGAAAAGGAGACAUUCAAUGCUAAUCAUGGGUGUUUCCACAGAUUUCAGAAGAGUACCAAUCUACAUGAUGUAAAACUCAUAGAGGAAGUGGCUAGUGCAGAUGAAGAAGCUGCCAAAAUGUUUCUUGCACAGCUAAACACAAUUGUUUCGGAAGGUGGAUACUCUCCAAAACAAGUUUUUAAUGUCAACGAGAUGGGCCUUUACUGGAAGAAGAUGCCAACGAGGACUUAUAUUUCUUGUGAUGAGAAGACUGCUCCUGGAUUCAAAGCCUCAAAAGGCCGCUUAACCCUUCUGCUUGGGGGAAAUGCAGAAGGCAAUUACAAGUUGAAGCUGUUGUUUGCCUACCACAGUGAAAACCCAAGAGCAGUGAGGGGCUACAUCAAUUCUCGUCUCCCUGUAAUUUGGAAGUUGAACAGAAAGGCCUGGAUGACAUGCAAUAUUUUCCAUGAGUGGUUUGUAGACCAUGCUGUCCCUGAAUUUAAGGCUUACCACCAGAAGGAAAAUUUGGCCUUUAAGAUUCUCCUUCUGCUGGAUAACGCAAGUGUCUACAAACUGGACUACAAAGCCCUCUGCCCAAGCAUCAAAUUCCUAUUUUUGCUACCCAACACCACAUCAUUGCUGCAGCCUAUGGACCAGGGUGUAAUGGCCACACUCAAGGCUUAUUACCUACGGAGGACAUUCUCCAUGCUGAUUAAGGAGACAGCAGGCUGUCCACAGCUUCGUGGGAUUUCUGCUCUCAAGCAAGAAAUUGUCAAGUUGGCAAACAAUGUUGGUUUCGAGGAGGUGGAGGAUGAUGAUGUACAGGUGUUGUUGGAGUCUCACACUGAGCAACUGACAAAUGAGGAACUGAUUGAGCUGGACCAAUAA